UUAUAGUGGUCGCCUGCUGUGCAGAUAAAUACGAAUGUCUAAGCGUGAUUAUUAUGCCUGUUUCUAAUUGUAAAAAACCGCCAACGCGUCAUAUACUGUGUUUGAAAAGCAUCAAGGAUGUUGAGAUUUUAUAAGUGCAGUUUCCUGUACUUUACCGUCGCUUUGAUAUUCGUUGGAUACCACACGAGCUUCGUAUCCGGACAAAACGGAACUUGCUCUGAGUAUGAAUCCGGUGAUAAUUUAUGGACACCAAACUGUACCGACGACAAUUAUUGGCGACCCGUGCAAUGCAAGGGGGAAACACUUAACGGCAGAUGUUUUUGCUAUAACGCGACGGGCACGAGGUUGUUCGGUUGGGCAUGGUGGGCAUCUGCUGAAAACAUGACUUGCGCCUGUAGCCGACGCAGGGAGGCCCUCGAAGAUGCCGGCAGAGAAGACGUUUCCUUGCACUGCUCGAGCGAUGGUAACUACGAGGAGCUGCAAUGUGAUAACGGGUUGUGCUGGUGCGUCGAAGCCAUGACUGGAGAACCGACAGAAAGGGUUUAUCCCGAAUCGAUGAUGACUUAUCUUCCAUGCUACAAUGCCACCCUUGUUGGGUCUCAGUAUCUUCGCAAGUGCGAGAGUGCAAUGGUUGGACGUGCCAGGGUUCUAGAGAAAUUAGAGACACACGGUCGUUACUAUACACACAUUGACGGCGUAAAUUGUGAAGGAGACGGCAGCUACGGCCAUUACAAAAUUUCAAGCUCACAAAUUCUUUGCACGUGGAAAAACAACACGCAGAUCGAGUCGUAUCAGACCGAACUCAGCAAUAUUCUAACAGUUGAUUGCAACUGUGCGAGGGAUUACGUGAUAUAUGACGAAGCAGGGCUAACUUUCAGUCUUUCAUGCGAUACCGACGGCAGUUACACGUCGGAGCAAUACAGCAACGGGUAUCCAUUCUGCGUCGACAGCGAUGGAUUCGCAACUACGUAUCUUGGAGAGCUUGGUGAAGAUCUCAGCUGUACUUGACCCAUGAACAAAUUAAUGGAUCUGCAGAGAUACGCAAUGUACUAGAAUGAUCGUUACAUCUUAUUAUUAAAAUUUACAUUGGGAACAUUUUUUACUUGUCAAUAAAACUUGAGUUACGAAUUUUACAAGUAU